UUCAGCUUUGCCUUCGGGGAGUUGUAUGGUACUACCUUGACGGCAGGAACGUCAGCCAUAACAACUGGUUAUCCUACAUCAGUCCAGCAAGAACCAAAGCUGAGCAGAACCUAGAGGCCUUCCAGCAUUACGGAGAUAUCUAUUACAGAGCGAUAGGUAACAUCCAACCUGGUACAGAACUCAAAGUCUUCUAUUCAGAUGAAUACAAGGAGAAGAUAGGUUGCAAAAUAAAACUGGACGAUCUGAAGUACCAAAGAGGUACCGAUGACUUCCAGUGCAUGGAAUGCAAUGCCAGGUGCAAGACCUCAAAGUUGAUGUUGAGACACAUGAAGUUCAAUCAUGAGCAGCAAGAACAGGCUACCAAUCAACAAGAAACCUCUGGUAGACAGUCAGCAUGGGGCGCCGCUUCUGCUUCGGAUCAACUCCUUCACUUUGCCAGGGAGGCCUUGUCCAAAAACAAUGCUGCCCAGACAACCUGUGAGAGCGCUGCAUCCGAGAAGGAUGUGGUCAGGGAAAAUAGGUCCAUGCUGAAGGAUAGAUUACUAAGUGGAGGCCAUCUCAAACAGAGCAUUACGCAUUCUUCAAGAUGUGGCAGAGAGGCUGAGGCAAGGAAACAUUCUAUGAUUUACAGCAGCAAGGACGCAUCGAUGGUCGAUAAAGAUGCUAUGUCGUCAGGACCAGUCGCUUCUGUAGGACUGAAUUUAGAGUGUCCAACCUGCGGUAAGAGCUUCCAGAAUGAAGGUAUGCUGGCUUCCCAUGAGUUGUUCCACCGAACAACCAUCAAAGAGUUCAUUUGCGAUGUAUGCAGCAAGGUUUCCAAGACAUUCCAAGAGCACGUCAGACAUCGGAACACCCACGCAGAGCAUCUGAAUCACUGUUUCCUGUGUGACAGCAAGUACCGUUAUGUGUCCAGUUUGUACCGGCAUUUAAGGAAUGCACACCAUAUUAAAAAGCUACGGGAGAAAUACUUCUGUCGGCUGUGCAAGGAGACAUUGCCUAACCAAACAAUCAUGAUUGCACACCGGACUGAGUGUGCACCAAGGAAACGAUGUGUUGAUAAGGAAGAGUAUCAGUGGAGACGGGAAGAAGCUGAAGCAGAGAGGAGAUCAGAGGCUAUGAAAAGCCGUAGACAAGCAACUCAAGGUUCUACUAAUUAUUAUGCCAAGGAAGUUGCCACUGAUGAAGAAGAAUCUGAUGAUCACGAGCCUCAUUCAGGGGAAGAUAAUGGAAGUUGGAUGGGCGAGGUGGAAGAGCAGAGAUCUGAGGAAGGAAUGGACUUGAGCAGUGUGGACAGUACUUCAAGCAUCAAAGACACUGAUGUUGCUGAUUUACAGCUUAGACAUCAUCAAGAAGACUCUGAUAAACUUGGCAAGAUGAUUGAUUUUUAUGACAGACCACGUCCUUUUCAUUGCAAAUAUGAUUCUUGCCCUAGGAGCUACACCACCCACCAAGAUCUCUACAGUCACAUCCGCAAUGUCCACAGACCUCAAACCAAGAAGAAAUUGGAUGGCAACCAAUGCCCUAGGACUUUCGCAUCUCAGAAAGGAUUCAACAACCACAAAGUGGAUCACACAGGCACCAAACCCUUCAAAUGCAAGCCAUGUUCCAAGUGGUUCCACACCGCGGAGCGCCUCUACAGGCACAAUCACAGAAUACACAAGAAUCGCACCAAGACGCACGAGUGCGAGGUCUGCGGCAAGAAGUUCCUGGAGGAAUUCGCGUUGAAGAAGCACGAGCAGCGUCAUCGAGGGGAGAGAAACUUUGCGUGUGAUAUUUGCGAAAGUACCUUCACCUCCAAGCACUGUCUCCAGACCCAUAUGGUGAAACACACAGGAGAGAAACCUUUCUCAUUGAACCUCUCCCUAGUUCGUCAUGCUGCUACACAUGAUUCUCUGGACGGAGCAAGCAAUAUUGUUGACAGAAGCUUCAUGUGAAAAUGACCAAACACAUCUCAAGAAGGAGGCAAAAAAUAUAUAUUUCUUCUUAUUUUCGGGGACUACUUCUCACAACCAAAUGCCUUAAUCUGUAGUGAAAGGGGAAGUUUGGCAGCUUUUGAUUUUCCUUGGCUCUCUUGAACAUUUCAGGGUUGAAUGGAUUGCCUCAAGCCCCCAAGCACCCAUGAUUUUCCCUGGUGAGAAGUCUCAACUUGCCUGGAUUCUUAUCUCAAAAAUCAUCUACAUUUUCAAUGUUUUGGGGGUCUUCAGUUAUUGCAAAGUUAUGAAAAUCACUGAUAUGAUGAUGGAGGAAAUGUGAAUUUCUGCCAUGAGAUUAAAAAAAAUUCAAGAGAAUAAGGAAAUACAAGGCAAAAGCAUUUUUGUGUCUCGCCCACUUAUGAAAAAUAACCAGAAAUAUUGUGAUUUACGAGGGCAUGCAAGGGAAUAAUAUUGAAACUUCAUUGUGAAAUGACUGGGAUGGAAUAACACUUGUCAUAAGAGCCUUGCACGUAAACUUUAAG